AGCCAUCACCCACAAUUCCAAAAUCAACGAUAAGAGUACUUGUUCUUGUCAUGUGCAUUUCCUUCGUACCUAACCUCUCUUCACGGCCCUUUUCCUAUCCCCGUCAGCGUCAAGCCGUCAACAGAUCUACCAAGAAAAUGAGUUUAGAACAACCUCUGAAAUAUCCAGCAUAUGUUCAAUAAUCCUAACCCGCAGCGCACCGACCAAAAAUUAUUCACACAUGGAAUAUUCGUCGUCCUCCUAUGUUGUCAUCUGCUGAUGUUACAAUAUACGCAAACAAUUAGAAACAGAAGAAAGAGAUAAGAGAGGAAUAGCACAUGGGUGCCCAAGAAAAUGGGAAGGAGCGUGGGCAGAAGUACGUGAGGAUGGACUCGGAUACGGCGGCGGAGGAGGAGGAGGAGGAGGCUGUCUCUGUUUCUCAUCCAUUACAAGAAAAUGGAAAAGAAAGCAGCGGCAGCAGCAAAUAUGUGAUGGCCUGUGCCAUCUUAGCAUCUCUGAAUUCUGUGCUUCUUGGCUACGACGUGGGGGUAAUGAGCGGAGCCAUUUUAUUCAUUAAAGAGGACUUGAAGAUCAAUGAGGUCCAAGAAGAAGUUUUUGUCGGAAUCUUAAGCAUAAUAUCUCUUUUUGGAAGUUUAGCGGGAGGUAGAACUUCAGAUGCCAUUGGCCGAAAAUGGACAAUGGCCUUUGCAGCUGUUAUAUUUCAAUCAGGUGCUGGUAUUAUGGCUCUUGCCACAUCUUUCAGAGUAUUAAUGCUCGGCAGGUUUUUGGCUGGAAUUGGGAUUGGCUUCGGAGUCAUGAUUGCACCUGUAUAUAUUGCAGAGAUAGCACCUACUGUUGCAAGAGGAUCACUCACUUCCUUCCCUGAGAUUUUCAUAAAUUUAGGUAUCCUUCUUGGUUAUGUCUCGAACUAUGGCUUUUCAGGAUUACCUUCACACAUAAGUUGGAGGAUCAUGCUUGCCGUGGGAAUCCUUCCCUCUGUUUUUAUAGCCUUUGCCCUGUUUAUUAUUCCUGAAUCCCCAAGAUGGCUUGUUAUGCAAAACCGUGUCGAUGAAGCCCGGAUUGUGCUAUUAAAAACCAACGAAAAUGCUAGUGAAGUUGACGAGAGGUUGGCAGAAAUUCAAGAAGCUGCAGGAUCUGCAAACGCUGAGAAAUAUGAAGAGAAAUCAGUAUGGCAUGAGAUACUGAAUCCCACGCCAGGCGUCAGAAGGAUGCUGAUAACGGGAUGUGGGAUCCAGAUUUUCCAACAGAUAACAGGCAUUGAUGCCACUGUAUACUAUAGCCCUACGAUCUUUAAGGGUGCUGGCAUUAAGGGCAACACUCAACUCCUGGCCGCAACAGUUGGCGUUGGAUUUACAAAAACGAUCUUCAUUUUGGUGGCCAUAUUUCUCAUUGACAAAGUUGGUAGAAAACCAUUACUUUACAUUAGUACCAUUGGAAUGACUGUGUGUUUGUUUUCUUUAGGUGUAACUCUUUCCACAAUGGAAGAUAGUAAAAUCGGGAUUGUUCUGUCAAUUUUAUGUGUUUGUGCUAAUGUAGCUUUCUUCUCAGUGGGGAUUGGGCCGAUUUGUUGGGUUGUUUCGUCUGAAAUUUUCCCUCUGAGACUUCGAGCUCAAGCCUCUGCCUUUGGUGCUGUAGGAAGCAGAGUAAGUAGCGGCCUGGUUGCAAUGUCUUUCCUAUCCGUUACACAUGCAAUAACAGUUGGAGGGACAUUCUUACUGUUUGCAGCAAUUUCCGCUCUUUCUGUUGCUUUUGUUUUCAAAUAUGUUCCAGAAACAAAAGGGAAAUCGUUAGAGCAAAUUGAAAUGCUGUUCCAGAAUGACAGUCAUUGGACGGAAGGUGAAGUUGAGAUUGGAGAUAUGAAGCAUCUGAUGGAGAAGCAAUUACAUCAGAGCAGAGCUUGUUUGCCGAUGUAAAGAUGA